AUGUCGGACAAAUAUAGUAACAUCAAAGUCUUCGCAAACCUAUUGGCGGAGAGGCUGCAGUUUUGGAAAUCGCUGUCACUCCUGACUUCCACUCUGCGUGACAACCACCUGAACUACAGAUGGGGAUACCCGGCCAAACUCCUGGUUUUAAACCAGGAAGCAAUGCAUGCUGUUACGGGCUUGGCUCCAAGCAUCCAAAAGUUGAAGCACUGGGGGAUCCCAAUACCGGAUACCUCGAUUGCCAG